GACGUCGUUGCUGAGUUAUCAGCAGCAAUGUUUAGAGACCGAGAAAGCGUAGGAUAAGAAUGAUGCGCAGGAUAUCCAAAAGGGCUCUCAUCACCUCCCUGCGCAAAUUAGGGCUACUCCUUGAACAAUUCUCAGUUUCAACUUUCAAUCAAAUGCAUCACUGAUUUGUUGAGAGUAUUCAGUUAAUCUCAAGUGGGUUGACGAGACAAUAUGAUGACUGAUGAGGCUGGACACAUGUUGGUGGUUUAUGAUGAUCCCUCGGACCAACGAUCAUUGUCUUUAGAUGAUACUAGCAGUGCAGAGGAAUCACCUGAUGAAACCAGACUCUCACUAGAGACCAGCAAUGACGUGGUUCCAUAUAUUGGGCAAAGAUUUCCUACUCAUGAUGCAGCAUAUGAAUUCUAUAGUGAAUUUGCAAAAAGAUGUGGUUUUUCCACUAGACGUCAUCGCACUGAAGGAAAAGAUGGUGUUGGCAAAGGACUAACAAGACGCUACUUUGUCUGCCACCGUGCUGGUAACACACCUAUCAAAACCUCAAAUGAAAACAAACCUCAACGAAAUCGGAAAUCCUCCCGGUGUGGAUGUCAAGCGUACAUGCGUAUAAGCAAACUUACAGAAUUAGGAGCACCAGAAUGGCGUGUCACAGGUUUUGCAAACCACCAUAAUCAUGAACUCUUAGAGCCAAAUCAAGUUCGUUUUCUUCCUGCAUAUCGAACCAUAUCAGAUGCAGACAAGAGCCGAAUACUUAUGUUUGCUAAAACAGGAAUUUCAGUGCAGCAAAUGAUGAGGCUCAUGGAACUUGAGAAAUGUGUGGAGCCAGGAUAUUUGCCAUUUACUGAGAAGGAUGUGAGGAACUUACUUCAGUCCUUCAGGAAAUUAGAUCCAGAAGAUGAAAGUGUAGAUUUAUUAAAAAUGUGUAGAAACAUUAAAGAAAAAGACCCUAACUUCAAAUUUGAGUGCACUGUUGAUUCUAACAACAGGCUAGAGAACAUUGCUUGGUCCUAUGCAUCAUCAAUCCAGGCUUACGAGAUCUUUGGUGAUGCUGUGGUUUUUGAUACAACACAUCGCUUGACUGCAUUGGACAUGCCACUUGGGAUAUGGGUUGGAGUGAACAAUUAUGGUGUGCCUUGCUUCUUUGGCUGUGCGCUCUUACGUGAGGAAAACCUGAGAUCUUUGUCAUGGGCACUGAAGGUGGCUGUUGCUGUUGAUUUUAAAGAUCAAGCUGCAGAACAACAGACAAUGCAGCAGAAUCUCCAAAACAUUUGCAUGAAGACUGGAGCUCCUAUGGAAUCCCAUGCAGCUUCUGUCCUCACUCCUUUUGCCUUCUCGAAGCUGCAAGAGCAAUUUGUUUUGGCUGCUCAUUAUGCAUCAUUUCAUAUGGACGAUGGUUUCCUUGUGAGACACCACACAAAACUUGAGGGAGGCCGGAAAGUGUAUUGGGUUCCUCAAGAAGGCAUCAUAAGUUGCAGCUGUCAUCAAUUUGAAUUUUCUGGAAUUCUCUGUCGACAUGCCCUUAGAGUCCUCUCAACAGGAAAUUGCUUUCAGAUUCCAGAAAGGUAUCUUCCCAUCCGUUGGCGUCGGAUCAGCACACAUUCUAUAAAGCAACUUCAAAGUUCUCCAAGCGAGCAUGCAGAGCGGGUUCAGUUACUUCAGAGCAUGGUAUCAUCUCUGAUUGCAGAAUCUGCUAAGUCAAAGGAGAGGCUAGAUCUUGCAACCGAACAAGUUUCCUUCCUCUUGUCUCGCAUAAGACAGCAACCAGUUUCAUCACAAGGUUUGAGAGAUAUUUCUCCCCUUCAUAGGAAUCUAUAACUCUAGACAUACCUUAAAACAGUAGCUUUAGCAUCAUCUCAGUUCUUGUGGAAAGCAGAAGGAAACACAUCAGAAAUUUGACAAUGGAAGGAAGUUGGGUGCAUUUGAUUUGGUUUCAAAUUCACUUUUAUGCAGGCUUGGACUGGACCGAGUUUUGGGCUUGAAGACAUUUGCAUGUCGGUUUUUGUAGCUUUGUUAUAUGAAAUCGGAAACUAAUUAGUCUAAUCGUACGUGGUGUAGUAUUCCUAGAUGUCGUGUUACAUGUUCGUAUUUUGGAGGUGUUUCAUGAGGAUUCUGAUAUGUACAAAUAUAUACAGAACCAAACCUUCUUUUGUAUGUAUAUCAAUGUGGUCACGUUAUAUGAAA